AUGUCCGGCAAAGCUGCUGUCACGCAGAUUGUCAAGCUUCUCGUCCCCGCUGGAAAGGCCACGCCGUCGCCCCCUGUCGGUCCCGCGCUCGGAGCGAGGGCCGUGAAGGCCAUCGACUUCUGUAAGGAGUUCAACGCGCGAACGGCACACUUCAAGCCGGAUGUCCCGAUCCCGACGCUCAUCACGAUCAACCCCGACCGCACGUUUAGCUUCACGUUUAAGACGCCGCCCGUGUCAUACCUGCUGAAGAAGGCCGCGAAGAUCGACAAGGGCUCUGGAGCGCCCGGAUCAGACAUUGUUGGUGAGGUCUCGCUCAAGCAUGUGUACGAGAUUGCCAAGGUCAAGUGCAUGGAUGACGCUCUUAAGGCCCUUGGAGAGGAGCGCGUCGCUCGGUCCAUCGUUGGAAGCGCGAAGUCGCUCGGCAUCAACGUCGUCCCGUAG